UUUUCUCAUUUAUUUUGAUGCAAUAUUAUGAUUUUUAAACCAUUUUAUUUGGUUGUUUGUUUCUUGAGUAGUUUAGGGUUGUGUUUUUUGAAUUAAAAUGUAUUUCUUGAUGGAUUUUGUUCUUGAAUUUAUGGGCAUGCUCUGUGGAUGUUUGAAUAGGAAUCCAUCCAUCCCAAUCAUCAGUCUAAAACCCUAAUUUUUUUUUUUUUUAACUUGAUUUGGUGGAAGGUCAUAGUUUGGGUUUUGACUCAAUCUUCACAAUUCUAGGGUUUUGGAAAUUUGAUUUUCUUUGCAUAAUCUCAGGUGAAAGGGAAGAAGGAUGAAAAGCUUUACUUUUCAAUCAGAAAGUGGAAAAAUUGGGGAGAAUGGGAAGCCAUCAGUUGGUCCGGUUUAUCGAAACAUCUUAGCAAAAGAUGGAUUUCCACCAUCAGAUCCAUUGAUGAAAACCUCUUGGGAUGUUUUCAGUGUUGCAGCAGAGAAGUAUCAUGGACAUCGAUUGCUCGGUUGGCGUGAAUUCACUAAUGGAAAGGCCGGUCCUUAUCUUUGGAAAACAUACCGGCAAGUCUAUAAUGAAGUAUUGAAUGUUGGUUCCGCCUUAAAGCAACUUGGCGCUAAGAAGGGUUCUCGGAUAGGAAUUUAUGGCACAAACUGUCCUCAGUGGAUAGUUGCAAUGGAGGCUUGCAAUGGAUACAGCUUAAUCUGUGUUCCCCUCUAUGACACACUAGGAUCGGGAGCUGUUGAUUACAUUAUACAGCAUGCUGAAAUCGAUUUUGUUUUUGUUCAAGAUAAGAAAGUGAAAAAUAUUUUGUCACCUGGUUGCAAUUCUGUCCAACAACUGAAAGCAUUGAUUUCAUUUACUUCGGUAACAAAGGAGGAGAGUGCUGAUGCUGCCAACUGUGGAAUUAAAGCGUACUCCUGGAAUGAUUUUCUUCAGAUGGGAAAGGACAAUCCAUUCGAUCCUCUUCCUCCUCAGCCACUGGAUAUUUGCUCAAUAAUUUAUACAAGUGGAACAAGCGGAACUCCUAAGGGUGUUAUCCUAACUCAUGAAAGCCAUGCAAAUUAUGUAAGAGGUGUCGAUCUAUAUAUGGAACAGUUUGAAGACAAGAUGACAGCGGAUGAUAUUUUUCUCUCAUUCCUUCCUCUUGCUCAUAUACUUGACCGAAUGAUUGAGGAAUACUUCUUCCACAAAGGUGCAUCUGUCGGAUAUUAUCAAGGGGACAUUAAUGCAUUAAGGGAAGAUCUCAUGGAGUUAAAACCAACAUUUUUCGUCGGUGUUCCUCGAGUUUUUGAAAGAGUUCAUGAAGGCAUUCUAAAAGCAUUGCAAGAACAAAGACCAACGCGAAGAAUGAUUUUUAACCUUCUGUACAAACACAAACUAUUCUGGAUGAAAUCAGGUUAUACACACAAAACUGCCUCACCUUUUGCCGAUUUUCUAGCCUUUGGGAAGGUCAAUGCUAGGCUUGGAGGCCGAGUUCGGCUGAUGAUAAGCGGGGGUGCCCCAUUGAACACCGAGAUUGAGGAAUUCAUGAGAGUUACUACUUGUGCUUACUUCGGCCAAGGCUAUGGCUUGACAGAAACAUGCGGACUUAGUGCAAUUGGAAUGCCAGAUGAUCUUUCCAUGGUUGGAACCGUCGGUAUUCCAUGGGUAUAUACUGAGCUACGCCUGGAAGAAGUACCCGAAAUGGGGUAUAAUCCUUUCGAAGUUCCUUCAAGAGGCGAAAUUUGCAUCAGAGGAAAAACUCUCUUCUCUGGAUAUUAUAAGGAACCUGAGCUGACAAAAGAAUCGAUCAUCGAUGGCUGGUUCCAUACAGGAGAUAUUGGAGAAAUGAGCCCCGAAGGUGUCUUAAAGAUCAUUGACAGGAAGAAGAACAUAUUUAAACUUUCUCAAGGGGAGUAUGUUGCCGGUGAAUAUCUAGAGAAAGUAUAUGGUUUCGCACCGAUUGUUGAAGACUUAUGGGUUUACGGGGAUAGCCUAAAAUCGAUGCUAGUAGCAGUCGUCGCACCUCAUGAGGAUAACACUAAAAGAUGGGCCAAAGUAAAUGGGCAUGUUGGUUCUUUCGCCGAGCUUUGCUUACUCAAUGAGCUAAAAGCAUACAUUCUCAGUGAACUGAAGCAAAUUGCCCAAAAGAAUGAGUUGAGAGGAUUUGAGUACAUAAGAGGUGUUGUAGUUGAUCCUAGACCUUUCGACAUUGAAAGAGAACUAGUAACUCCUACAAUGAAGAAGAGAAGGCCACAAAUGCUCAAAUAUUAUCAGACCGAUAUCGAUAAAGUGUACAAGAGUCUUGCAGAAGAGAAAAAAAAAUAAGAACAUGAUCAAUGGCUCAUUGGAUUGAUGGUCUGUAAUUUUUAGUUUCUUCAGUGAAUUCAGUUUGUGUAUAAUAAUUCCUUCAAUGUUAUUGUUGUAACUCUGUUAUUUGUUAAUCUUGUUUUAUAUUAAAGUUCACUUGGAUUUCAAUC